CUGUAGUCAGCUGAUAUAUGACGGAUCGCUGAUAUGUGACGGAUAUCAACGAACAUGGCGGAAUCCGCGAAUAACUUGGACGAUGACCGACUCUCGUGUAAAAUCUUGAUUAUCGGUGCUGGUAUGGCCGGUUUGUCGGCAGCGAAUCAUCUGUUAAAGAACAACGAGACAGAUUUUCUCAUCGUAGAGGCACGCGGACGGAUAGGUGGACGGAUUAUUGCUGCGCAAGUCGGCAAUGAGAAGGUUGAAUUAGGAGCGAACUGGAUCCACGGUGUCCUGGGAAAUCCAAUGUUCGAGUUGGCAAUGGCAAACGGCUUAAUAGACAUUGUAAGCGUUCCAAAACCUCAUAAAGUAGUAGCGGCACUAGAGGACGGAAAGCAACUGCCAUUUCCAGUAUUGCGUGAAAUCUAUGAAGCUUAUGUGUGUUUUCUGAGACGAUGUGAAGAGUAUUUCUUGAGCUCGUACAGUCCGCCGGAUGGAAUAAACAGUGUGGGAGCGCAUAUUGCUCUAGAAGCAGAGAUAUACCUGUCGUCUUUGCCGCCUGAACAGAGAAGAGUGAGGCAGUUAUUAUUCGACUGUCUACUCAAGAGAGAAACAUGCGUCACGGGAUGCGACACCAUGGACGAGGUGGAUCUUUUGGAGAUGGGCUCCUAUGAUGAACUUCAAGGUGGCAACAUUAGUCUUCCAGAUGGCUACAGUGCUAUAUUGGAGCCAGUCGCGAAGCACAUACCAAAGAGUCGUAUUCUUACCAAGCAUGUAGUGACAAAGAUCAGGUGGCAGAAGCAGAAGCGUUCUAGCAUCAGCGCCGACUCCACGGAGGACCUCGAUUCUAAAACGGACAACCUCGUGGAAGUACAAUGUGAGAACGGACGAACGAUCAGCGCACGACACGUGGUUUGUACGUUGCCGUUGGGCGUUUUAAAAAGGACAGCUCAGGACAUGUUCGAACCGUCGUUACCCGCUUACAAACUCGAGGCGAUAGACAGAUUGAUGUUUGGUACAGUGGACAAGAUAUACCUCGAGUACGAGCGACCUUUCCUAAACCCCAGUGUGUCGGAAGUGAUGCUUCUCUGGGACGACAGCCGACUGUCUGACGUUGAGAGGGGGGACAUCAGUAAGACCUGGUUCAGGAAGAUAUACUCGUUCACGAAGAUCACGGACACGCUGUUACUCGGCUGGAUAUCUGGCCGCGCGGCCGAGCACAUGGAGAAGCUGAGCACCACGGAGGUGACGGAAGUGUGCACGACGAUUUUGCGGCGAUUUCUCAACGACCCCUUCGUGCCGACCCCGAAGAACUGCCUGCGCACCUCGUGGCACUCGCAGCCGUAUACACGAGGUUCCUACACCGCGAUGGCCGUCGGUGCCAGUCAAUUGGACAUCAGGAGCAUGGCCGAACCUCUCGUGCGGGAGUACGGCGAGAAGGACGGCGCGAAUAGAGCCGUUUUGAUAGCAUUCGCCGGCGAACACACCCAUUCCUCGUUCUACAGCACGGUGCACGGCGCGUACUUGACCGGUCGUACGGCCGCCGAGUUGCUGUUGGAUGCGAAACCAGGCGAGAAGCAGGCGCUUAGUCUCAGUUGCGAGGAGACCAGCGAUCUCAGCUCGUGGAUACAAGGCAUCUCCUUGAAUUAAUGCGCACUCUUUUCUCCUCCUUCUUCUUUUAAGGAACCAACGUACAGGCUCCUAUGUUCAGGCGGUUAGGCCUUAAUCGUGGACGUUUAUAGACACGUUGUAUUUUUAGCGGCUAUACAUAUACGCGCAAUCUACGUUUUUCUUUUGCGCGACUUUACAUUUUUGUUUUGUAAAUAUGUCGUAUAACGAGGCACACACACACUGUCGUCUCUCACACAUACGCAAUGUCGUGUAUAUAACGGUGCUUUUGGAAACUUUGAGAUAUUCGCGAGCACUCACGAGCGAUGAUUUAUCUCGUGUAUUUAUCGUGCUGUUUCUAAUGCGUGUAUUUCAUUUCGUUGACGAGUCGAAAUAAGAUAGCGACACCGAGACGUAUCGCAGGCUGUCACUAUGGUUACCACAAACGCAUUCGACGGAAAACUUGUUGCUGUGAAUGUUGAAUAUGGCUUUAGGAGGUUCAAACGUAAGAAGAAAUAGUAUAAUAUAAUUAUACUUUAAUCGACAUCAUUUUUAAUCAUUGAUAUUUGUACAAUCAUUGAAAAGAAUUGACACAAAUAUGUCAAUAUCUGGUUACUGUUGAGAGAAAGAGAAAGAGAGUAUAAUUAUUUACUGCCAUAUACAAUUUAUAUUGCGCACCAAUAAGACUCUUAUUUACUAUUUGGUUUCUUUUUACGUUUAGCGAUAUUCACGUCUCCUCCGUUGACGUAAGGUAAGGUAUCGAGCGUGGGACCGACAUCCGGAAAUUGACGGCGAACGUUCUUACGUGUUCACCUAAACGUUUAUUUUAUAUAAAGAACGGACGAAUUUAGUACAAUGUUGUUCGCUAAAUCGAUGUAGAUAAAUAUAUUAAGUCCAAUCGGAUCCGAGGCUAGCCUAAACAAUUUUUCAAUAUUCGCGCGCGUGAUAUUUCUAAUAAUUGUUCUUUACGUAGGCGAUAUCUUACGUAUAUAUGUAUAUAUGUCCUACGUAAAGAAUGCACAUGCAUAUACAGCGAAUUAGUAGUGAGAUUUUUAAGGGAGGUCGAAGAAGAGCGCAUCAUGGCAGCGAAUUCCAUUCUCGAUCGUACGCGUUUACUUGCUUGCUUGACUUCUUUAUUAUCACCUAUCACCUAUUAGUACCUAUUAUUUAGCGAAGAGAGAUUCCGUCAUGGACAAAAACACAUUAAUCUAGUCAUUGAAUUUGAAAUAAAUAUGAAAGAAAAUGCAUUUGAUAAAUAACAGCAGAUUCCUCGACCAAAUUCGUUGACAAAAUCACAGCGAUAUCGUACAUCCAGUUGCAUUAAGAAACUGUGGAGAGAGGGAGAAAGAGAGGGGGCAGGAGAGAGAGAGAAAGAGAGGGGGCAGGAGAGAGAGAGAGAGAGAAUGUGUAUAUGUGUUUUCUCGUGAAUCCAGCUUCGAGAAACAUACAUUACGUACGUUAACAUACAGAGCCGAGAAAAGCUUCGCAACACGUAUGAUCUUCAUGUUCCUUUUUUUUUUUAAUACAAAUGUAAUAGAGAUGUUUCCCUCCCUGUGGGGAAUAUCGAU